AUGAGGCACAAAGUAGUAUUUCAAGAUGACGGUGGUCAUCUUCUUUUGGAGUAUUACUUUUUACAGCCCGCAUUUUGUCAGGCUCAAUACCAAAUAUGUGUCUCUUUGUUUGGCUAUACUCUGUCUGAUAUAUCAAGAAUGUAUCUCUAUUCAAAGACUACUGGUAUUGUCUUGAUAAUUCUGAAGAACAUGUUUAUAUCAAUUUUAUGUCAAGUCUUCUCCGCCUUCAUUCCCGCUAUUAAACGAGCAAGAAGUAUUAGCGAUUAUAAUAGUAAUAGUAUCAAAACUGUCGCGAAAUUAGGAUUUUUAUCUAGAAAAGAUUUUCCUAUCAAAUAA